AUGUACCACAUACUCCCCCUUCUGGCCAGCAUCGUAGCCGUAUCUGCCAAUUGCCCCAACUACGAACAGUUCGCCCGCGAACGACACGAGCCUUUCUCAUCAGGGCGACAUGCGUAUCCUUUUCAGCGUCCAGGCAAGGAUUGCCGCACAUAUUCAGUGCCUGCGGUUGAGAAGGUGAUUUACGAUGAGAUGGACCAAGCGAUUGGUGAUCCAGAUCUGUAUCGUUUGUUUCUGAACACAUGGCCUAAUACACUCGACACAACCGUGAAAUGGCAGGGCACUUCUGCUGAUGACCCUGAUGAAGAGCUGGCCUUUAUCACCACCGGCGAUAUAAACGCACUUUGGCUGAGGGAUAGUGCUAAUCAGCUCCAAUCAUACAAGUCAGUCCUUUCUUCCAACAGAGGCUCCCCGUCCAACGAGAACGACAUCGCCUCCCUCUUCCGCGGAGCCAUCAACCUCCAAGCCCGAUAUAUAACCAAAUCUCCCUUCUGCAAUGCCUUCCAUCCUCCACCUGAAGCCAAGCUCCGCCGUGUGAAGCGAUCUCUCCAACCUCGAGACACCGUCAGUCCGAAAUAUGACACCGAUUUCGUCUUCGAGUGCAAAUACGAGCUUGAUUCGCUUGCAGCGUUUCUUCAAUUAUCAUGGGACUACUACGACGAAACCGAGGAUGGCGAAUUCUUUGGCAAGUUCGGCUGGGCUGAAGCCGUCAAGGCAAUCUUAAGGGUUGCCAAGCAUAUGCAAGAAGGGACAUACGAUGAGCAGGGCAGAGUGCAGAAACCUGCAUAUACAUGGCUGCGAAAUGCUGACAGUGCCUCAGAGACUGUAUCUAACCAUGGCCAUGGCGCACCCGUCAAGGGUCAUAUUGGCCUCGUGCGCAGUUUCUUUCGACCAUCCGACGACGCAUGCAUUUAUCAGUACUUCAUCCCUGCCAAUAUGAUGUUUUCACGCUACCUCGCCGCAUGCGCAAAGAUAAUGAGACCUUUGGAUGAGAAUGUUGCCAAGGAGAUGGAGGCGCUGGCUUUUGAUAUCGAAGUUGGGAUUAACAAACAUGCUAUUAUCCAGCACCCUAUUUUCGGGGAGAUGUAUGCUUAUGAGAUCGAUGGUUUCGGAUCAUAUAGUCUCAUGGACGACGCCAAUAUUCCUUCCCUCUUGAGUAUUCCGCACUUGGGCUACAAACCAGCCUCGCAGCACGUAUACGACAACACACGCGCUUUUGUGCUAAGCUCAUAUAACCCCUACUACGCCCGAGGACCUGUCCUGAAUGCUACAGGUGGCCCUCAUCUGGGUCCAGGCAUGGCGUGGCCUAUGGGGCUCAUUGUCCAGCUUUUGACGACUGAAGAUGACGAGGAGAUCGUGGAUGGUAUUCGACAGUUGAUGAACUCAACGAGCGGGCUCGGUCUCAUUCACGAAACUGUUAAUAGUCACAACGAGAAGCAUUGGACAAGGUCGUGGUUCUCGUGGGCCAAUGGCUUGUUUGGACAAAUGAUUAUGGACUUGUAUAAACGGAAGCCAACAUUAAUAGCCAGGAGCUACCAGGGCGUUGAUGAGAAAUGA